AUGGCUUUCAUGGCGGUGUUGGAAUCAGAUCUACGCGCUCUCUCCACCGAAGCUCGACGGAGAUACCCUGCUGUCAAAGACGGAGCGGAACACGCAAUAUUGAAGCUUCGUUCGUUGUCAAGUCCUAGUGAAAUUGCACAUCAUGAGGAUAUAGUACGGAUCUUUCUGAUGGCUUGUGAGGUUAAGACUGUGAAAUUGAGUGUAAUUGGAUUAUCGUGUUUGCAAAAGCUCAUUUCUCAUGAUGCCGUUGCUCCGUCAGCUUUAAAGGAGAUACUUGCUACGCUGAAAGAUGUAAGUUCAACAAAAUUUGUUUUGUACAAUAUGACGAUUGCUAGAUCAAAAAGGAUAUAA